AAUACCGUAAAACAGCAAAGCGCAUGCGUGUAAUGGUAAGAGGGCAAAGUUCAUGUGAGUCAUCAGCCGAAGAAAAUUUUUAACGUACCGUGUUUCUCCGUCUUGCGUAACUUUUAUAGCCUUUAUAAUCAUUCUUAGCUUUUAUUCGGGACAAUUAGACUUGAAGAAAGGAUGGAAGGUGAACGUGAAAGCGGAAAGAAGCCGACCGAGCGCUCCAGGAAGGAAAGCGAGCGGGCCUGCGUGUUGUGUUGCGGGGAACCCGAGAUCUUGGCGGUUGGAGAGUGCGACCAUCCCGUCUGCUGGAAGUGUUCCACCCGUAUGAGGGUGCUCUGUCAGCAAAACUACUGCGCCGUAUGUAGAAAAGACCUAGACAAGGUGGUAUUCACCAGUAGGAGACAGACAUUCUCUUCUAUUUCAACGGAACACCUGCGUUUGGAAAGGAAACACGGAAUUUACUUUGCUGAAAAUGUCACACAGAAACGAUACAGAGAACUGUUGGAGCACAAGUGUACUGAUUGUCCGGAGAAGCCGACUUUCCGCACGUUCCCUCAGCUGUCCAAACACAUGCGGAAGGAGCAUGAGCUGUUCUACUGCGAUCUCUGCACUGAACACCUGCAGAUCUUUUCCUGGGAGCGUAAGACCUACAACAGGAAGGAGCUGGCUGAGCAUCGCCGGAUCGGAGAUAAGAACGACAAGUCGUACCGCGGCCACCCUCUGUGCGAGUUUUGUGAUGAGCGUUACGUGGACAACGACAGCCUUCUAAGACAUCUGCGUACGGACCACUACUACUGUCACGUGUGUGAUACUGCCGGGAGUAACCAGUAUUACAGUGACUAUGACGUGCUUCGUAACCACUUCCGUGAUGCCCACUUCCUGUGUGAGGAGGACGACUGUCGUGAGGAGAAGUUCACGUCAGUGUUCCCCACGGACAUCGACCUGAAGGCUCACCAGGCGGCCGUGCACCUGAAGAAGCUGAGUAAGGCGCAGGCUCGCCAGGCCAGACAGCUGGACAUGAACUUCCAGCUGGUCCCUCGCCAGAGUGGCUAUACAGGAAGGGGACGAGGAAGUGUGAGUAGAGAAGACUACGAUGAUGUGAGUUCUAACCAGCAUCCUGGCAGGAGAAACAGGAGAGGACAGGGAGCAGCACAAGAAAGGGAGCAGGCAGACCAAAGGGAAAAGGCAAUGCUUGCCGCAGCCAUGAAGGCCUCUCUGCAAUACGAGUCCGCAAACCGCAAGGAAGAACAGGAGGAGGAACGCUCUGCCGCCCCAGCCGCUAAACCAGAUGACUUUCCGUCUCUUGGAGAAGCGGCAACCAAUCAGGGUUUACUCUUUGACAAACCGGAAGAUUUUCCGUCGCUCAAGGCAGUGGCUAGCAGUCUAACUUCACAGCAGGCCAACCAAAGUGCUGCAGCAUCUACACAGCAGAGCAUGGCCAUGAGGGUGGGCCACAACUUUAAAAGGUCUGUGAAAAAUGGGACUUUGAAUGAGGAGGAUUUCCCUCAGCUUGGUGCUAACCAGAAGAAGGCAAAUCCUGUCGCUCCACUAGCAGGGAGGUGGAUGGGGUCGGAGCCAACCCCGGGGGUGUCGGCCAGCCAAAGACUCUCCCAGGACUUCCCACCUCUGCAGACCCUCAAAAAACAAAGCAAACCUGUCCGGGCACCUUUGCCUGAAAAACGACCACCCUCAGGAAACGUGAACCAGAUUAAAAGUAAACCGGCCCCGAAACAGUUCCCUCAAGAAGAGGAGUACCCAGCCUUAGCAGCAAACUACGUUCCGUGGAGCAAAGUACAGGUAGUGCCAACGCAAGACAAGGAGAAUAGGCGCACUGUUUCUCAGGCACCACCAACGCAAGACGACUUUCCCGCACUAGCUCCCUCAAAAACCACUUCACAGUGGACAAAGAAGCAGGCACAACCUAAAACACGAGGUGGCUCAAAGUGGUCUUCUUUAGCUACGGAAGAAUCAGUAAAUAAAAGUAAAGGUUCAGUACCACAAGAAGGACAAAAAGCUGAAAAGAAGGUAUCAGAAGGGACUGCUAAGAAAAAGAAGAAGAAGAGAAAGAAAAAUAAAGGUGGAGGAAGUGGAGAGGAAGAUGAGAAGGGAAAGAUAGAAAGCAUGAAUGAAGAUUCAAAGGGUUUGAAACAAGACCCUGCUGCUACUUUGGUGGCAGAAGAUGGGGAUAGCCAGAAGAACCACUCCACAGAGCCAGCUAAAAUUAACUGCACAGAGCCAACCUCUCAACCAUCUGAAGACAAUGCCCAAAAAGGAGACAUUAACAACAUUCAAGGAGGGAAUGGUAAGGAAUUUGAUGCACCAUCUUUUAGUGAUGCGCCAUCCUUCAGUGAUGUGGACUUUCCCAGUCUUGGCUCUGACAUCUCAAGUGCCUACUUCUCCACAAAGCUACCUGAACAAACCACGCCAGUCUACCGUGGUUUAGGGAAAACACCUUCCCAAGGUGCGGGGCCUCCUCCGGGUCUGUCUCAGCUUGCCGACUCGCUUGUACAGGUGCAAGUUCCAGCUUCGUCCAUCACAAAAGUUCCCCCUGGGUUCCAGCCGUACACUAGUCCGGAGCCCCUUGCCCCUUCUUCCCUCCCCAUCCCACCUGUGGAUCCUGGACCGUAUAUCCAGCCUGACAACUUCCAACAACGCAACCAACAGCUUAUGUCCUCGAUCAUGGAGUGUCUGAGAGACAACAAUCAAAUCGGGCAGUUCAAGGACUUUUCCAGAAAGUUUCGCCAAGGGACGCUGCCGGCAUCCGAAUACUACACGACCUGCUGCAAACUGUUCCAAAAGAGUUUCUCCACGAUCUUCGUCGAACUUCUCGUCUUGCUUCCAGACGCGCACAAACAGCAAGAACUGUGGCAGGCGGUCACGGCGAGCGGCAGGCAGGGUGGUUGCGACAUCAGUUCGCAGUGCUUGUCAUGUCCCACUUGUCUUCAGAUAGUCAAGAACAGUGACUUCAGUACACACACUCAGAAACAUAGCCUGGACAAUGACUUCCCUGCCCUGUCAUCUGUUCUACCUCCUCCAGGGCUGAUUCAGGACUUCCCAUCAUUGGGAGAACCGUUUGGCGCAAAGAAAACGUCAGCAUGGAAGAAGAUGUAACUGUCUUUCCCUCUGUAAACCAUAAUAAUGAAAUAAUUGGGCUAUUUGUCAACUGAAAAUAAUGAAGUUAGACUGCUAGAAAAAGAGCAAUAUGAGGCUGUAUUGUACAUUCAAUGUAUACUUUACUAGUAUAUCAACCCAGCUGUUCUGCAUAAUAGAAAUGUUAAAGAUAUUUAAUGCCUUUACUUUAGUAAUGGAGUUUUGACUAGCUACUGCAAAUUAUCUUUAGAAAGAGUGGCAAGUUUGUUUCACAUUUUCUGUGAAAACCUUACAUUAUUACCUUUUGUGGAGAUAAAAAUAGUUAAAAUGUUAUGUUAAUGUCAAACACCUUUAUAUGGAACUUGUUUAGUUAUUGGUAUGAGUUGGCCCAGAUGAGUGUUCCUGCUAUUGCACGAAUAAAAAUACAAAUAACAGCAAAUUCAAGACAAGUGCAAAUACGGUGACUGAAAGUGAGGGAAAAACAAAAUACUGCUAAUUUACAGUUAAGCUUAAAGCAUACACUCUGCAUACUUGUGUUUGAAGAAAAGCCCUUGUGUGAUAAUAACUUAGUCAUCUUCUGGUCAGCUGAACAAUGUCAAUAGGAUUAUUG